AUUCAAUAUUCAUCCACACUUCUCUCUUCUCUUUCACCUGCAGCCAUGGACGCUUCAACAAACAGCAACAAUGGCGAACAACAAGAUUAAUAUUCACUCUCACUCCACCUGCAUUCUCCGAUGGGGAAGCUGGAAGAACAGCCUGUACCUGCUGACGUCACUCAACCGCAACCGCCUGUUCGUGUUGCAGACACUUGUAGCUGUUGUUGUGUUAGGGUUUCGCGUUUGUUUCGGUUUCGAUGUGUGUUUGUUUUGAUACUUGGAGUGUCGGUGUUGCUCUCUGCUGUUUUCUGGUUGCCGCCGUUUUUUAGUGAUCGAGAUCACGAGGAUCUGGAUCUGGAUUCGCAUUUUAAAGGUCAUGAUAUAGUAGCAACUUUCAUGGUCCAGAAGCCGUUGUCUUUACUGCAAGAUGAUCUUCCACAGCUUGGGGGUGAUAUAUUUGAUGAAUUAAGAGUUCCCACUACAAAGGUUGUAAUCAUAAAAGCGGAAACAACCGACAGUCCAAAUGCAACCAAGGUUAUCUUUGGUGUAGAUCCCGAUGAACACAAUUCUAAGAUUUCGUCAUAUGCUAAAAGUUUAGUGAGAGAUUCUUUUGUAUCUCUUGUUCUACAACAGUCCCCUCUACGUUUGACCGAGUCUCUGUUUGGGGAACCGUCUUCUUUCGAGGUACUGAAAUUUGUUGGAGGAAUAACUGUCACUCCUGACCAGAGCGCGUAUCCACUGCAAAAGGUUCAAAUUCGGUUCAACUUUACAUUGAACUUUUCUAUUCAACAAAUACUUGACCACUUUGUUGAGUUGACUAGUCAACUCAAGUCAGGUCUGCAUCUUGGUCCAUAUGAGAACCUACAUGUUAGCUUGACAAACGCAAAAGGUUCAACAAUAGCUCACCAAACAACCGUGCAGUCAUCAGUUGUUCUGGCCAUUGGGACUCCAUCAACAGCAAGGUCCAAGCAGUUGGCUCAGACCAUCAAGGGUUCACCAACAAAAAACCUUGGCCUAAAUAACACUCAGUUCGGGCGGGUCAAACAAAUUAGUCUUUCGUCUUAUUUUAACGGUUCUAGUGGUGGCGGCCGUGCCCCGGCACCUUCUCCAGCUCCAUUACCUCACCCUCCCCAACAACCCAACCGUAACCACCAUCACCACCACCAUCAUGAUAAACAACUUCCGCCUGCAAAACCACCUUCCAUUGCACCUCCACCUGUCCCCGCCCCUGCGCCUCAUAAGUUUCACGCAAAGCCGCCAGACUGUCACUCUGGCUACAACAGGAAGAAGAGGAAUACCAACAAGCAUCCUCCUUUAUAUCCUCCUGUAUCUCAGCCGGCCCUUCCACCACACACCCCUCCCCCACCACUACGGAGGACAGCACCACGGCCACCACGAUCUCCGCCACCACCGCCCCGACUACUACCACCACCACCACCACCGCCAUUGUCACCGCCACCACCAUCAUAUAGGCCGCCACCGCCACCAUUAAAGCUGCCGCCACCAUCACCGCCACCGCCAUCAUUAAAGCUGCCGCCAGCAUCACCACCACCGCCACGACUUAUACCACCACCACCACCACCUGUACCUGAUAUGAUCCCUGCAUCAAGCCCAUUGCCCAAUGUAGUUUUUGCGCACACUCAUCCACCAUCAAAAAGUGAGUCUGAUGCAGACCCACCUGACACAACGCCGUCAGGUUCAUUUUUGCAACCUUCAUCAGCUGCAGGUGCAGCAUGUGCAGGAGUGAGUUUGAGGGCAAUUCCCACGUUUGUAGCUGUCAUGAUAUUAAAAAACAUAAUUCCUUUCAACUGAGACGAUGAUGUUGGAGGUUGCGCAAGUCGGGGAGCUAGCAAUGCGAAAAGACGAGCGUGCCCUCAAAAGUCCUAAGUGGAUAUAUAAUUAAUUGUUGUUUUGUGAUUGUAAAUAUUUGAAUUGAAUUACAAGCUGAUGUUUUCAGGUCAAAGUCACGGAGGUGACAGGCCCUUGAUUACAUUGGCCCCUAUGAUUCUCUUCACCAAGUUAGAAGGGAAAACAAAUGUGUAAUACGUUUUAUUUUGGCUAAUCUAUUCAAAUGUCACUGAGUAUGCGUUAUC